GCAAAACUAAUAAUCGCGUUGAAAUCGUUUCAAAUAAUAUGUGAUAAACAGUGUUUUUAUGAUGGGCGUGGAUAGUUUGGCUGAACGAGCGACUUUACAAAUAGAAGCUGCUGCAGGCGAGGGUCCGGGGCCGCCGGUGAACAACAACAGCGACGGUGCAGUGGCCAGCACGCCCCGAGACGACAACCACAACCCUGGACAGCCGCCCCCGGCCACAGCCCGCGCUGCACCACUCACGCCCGCCGAAGCACUGAAGCUGUACGGCGAAAGACUAACGGAAUGGGAGAGGAACGAGAUAAGGAAGUACCCUCAGAUCUGGUUCCUUGGCUUGGAGUCCAACAAGGUUCAGGCUAGGUCCAACCUGCCGAACAAUUGCGGAUUCGACGAUGAAAACGGGAGUUAUAACAAGCAAAUCCACGACCACAUCGCGUACAGAUACGAGAUCCUCGAAAUAAUAGGGAAAGGUUCAUUCGGGCAAGUUAUCAGAGCUCUCGACCAUCGCACCGGUGAGCAGGUAGCGAUAAAAAUCAUCAGGAACAAGAAGCGCUUCCACCACCAGGCCCUGGUUGAAGUCAGGGUGUUGGACCACCUCCGGCUGAAAGACAAGGACCAGUCGCAUAACGUGAUCCACAUGCUGGAUUACUUUUACUUCAGGAAUCAUUUGUGCAUUAGUUUCGAAUUGAUGAGCAUCAACUUGUACGAGCUGAUAAAGAAGAAUAACUAUCAGGGUUUCAGUUUGAGCCUCAUCAGAAGGUUCGCUAGCUCGUUACUGCGCUGUCUUCGGCUCCUCGAAGCUGAGAACAUCAUACACUGCGACUUGAAACCGGAGAACAUCUUGCUGAAGGCCAGGGGCAGUUCCUCCAUCAAGGUUAUUGACUUCGGCAGCUCCUGCUAUACAGACGCUCGGGUCUACACAUACAUACAGUCCCGAUUCUACCGGAGUCCCGAAGUCAUACUAGGGUUGCAGUACGGACCGGCCAUUGAUAUGUGGAGUAUGGGGUGUAUCCUUGCGGAACUUCACACGGGCUAUCCCUUGUUCCCGGGAGAGAACGAGGCCGAACAACUAGCCUGCAUCAUGGAGCUGCUCGGACCGCCUCCACCAGACCUGCUCAUCCACGCUACCAGAAAGAGGCUUUUCUUCGAUUCGAAAGGUUCUCCUCGAAGCGUGACGAACUCAAAAGGAAGAAAACGCAGACCUGGGUCAAGGACUUUAGCGUCGGCCGUCAGAACCGAAGAGCCGGCCUUCCUGCACUUCCUCCACCGGUGCUUAGAAUGGGAUCCGAAGCGUCGUAUAACACCAACGGAGGCGUCCCGCCACGAGUUCGUGACCGGCUGUCCUCUGGGAAGUACACCCUCGGGAGUCCUCGCGUUACCACGUCUCGCCCCGCCGCGGCCAACACGCGGGGCGCUACUGCACUCUCAGUCUGCCGGCGACGUGGCUGCGAUGCUCGGCCGCGCGUGACCCAAGCCCUGAGUUAGGGCCAGAUCAGGCCUCCCUUGACUCACUGUCAGGUUUCAUUCAACGAGGUCGUAGACAUAAUUGAGCUCUAGGAUAUGGUCUAUUGAGUGUGAAUUUUUAUUUAAACUUUCGAUCAAAGAGUAAAAGGAAUUAACGAGAUUUAAAAUUCGUCGUUUGUCUUAGAAUUGUUGA